AUGGGGAACCCCGUAGUUAGCGGCGGAGAUGAGGAGAUGAGGGCGGCAUGUGGCCGGCGCUUGUGCCCCAGGCCUGCCCACGCCCCAAGCGCCGUCGCCGUCCCUGUCUCUUCGUCCUGGUGCGCCGCGCAGGCGCCGGCGGGGCCCGGUCGUGGCAUCCGCACGCGUUGCGACCGGGGAAGAGGAAGAGGCGCUGAAGCGAUCCGCGCGCGUACCUGCCAGGGCCACUACGAUCCGGAAAAGGAAGAGCGCGCCGCGGCUACGGAAGAGGAAAAGGCGAGGAAGUAG